GGGUGCGGUACAUACUUUGCACUGGAGUACAUGGACUCACCCUACCACUCACAGCCUUCCUUCAUAAGACCCAGCCAGCUGCUAUAUCCUUUAAACACAGGUAGUGUUGAAGCAGCAGGAAGGAUACACACAGACCCUGUAAUCAGCCAGUAGACACAGCCAUGCUGUAGAACUGGAGUAGAAGAAAGGAGAGGGGGCAGGGCUUGCUGUACUGACUACAUCAACCCCUGGCUGCUGCUGCUGUUGCUGUGACCAUAUUAACACAGUUUACUUCUGUCAUCCAAUAAGCAAGCCUUGAAGAUUUAAAUAAAACAACAACAAAAAAAAAAAAUAGUGGACACAAGAAGACAUUAAAAAAGCCUUGGAAGAUUCAACAGAGCAGAAUGUUGCAGCUUCUGAAGAGCCUGCUAAUGUUGGCUUACAUUUUGUACCUCUUGCCAACACAUGCUGCUGCAGCGGGGCCUUCAUUUCUGAUCACUGCUCCUAUGGAUAUCCGUCCUGCAAUGAAUCUAGCAUUAGGGAUUGAUUUGCUACCAGAAAGCCCAUCUGUCGUAAAAGUGGAAGCAGAAAUUCUGAAAGAUAAUAUGACAAUUGUUGGAGGAGAAGGACUAUUCAAAAAAGGGUCUCAUAGUACACUGGUUCUUCCAAAGCUUCCAUUGAAAAGUGUUCAAGGCAAAUAUGAACUUCAAGUAAAAGGAUUUUCUGACAACAACUUGAUAUUUUCCAAACAUACACAUCUUCGUUUUAAAUCCAAGAGCUUUUCUGUCUUCAUUGAAACAAACAGUGUCUUUUAUAAACCAGCCCAAGAAGUGAAACUUCGAAUUUUGGCUAUGUCUGUUGACUUAAAACCUUACAACUCUACCGUUGACAUACAUAUUUCGGAUCCCAGUGGGAAUUUGAUUGAGCAGUGGCUUGAAGAGGAAACUGACUUGGGUGUUGCAUCAAAGAGCUUCCAUCUAAGUGAUAAUCCUCCUACUGGAGACUGGUCCAUAAAAGUAAAACUACAUGAGCAAUAUCAUUAUCAAACCUUCACAGUGAUGGAAUACGUAUUGCCAAGGUUUGAAGUUCUUCUGAGCACACCUGUACACCAUUCAAUAAAAAGUGGACCAAUGGUUGGAACAGUUACUGCAAAGUAUACUUAUGGAAUGUCAGUGAAAGGAACUCUGUCCGUAACUGUAACAGCAAAUCACAGGAGGAAAAAUAGUAUUACCAAACUGUUUGAGAUAAAUGGAGAAUCAAAGUUUAGCUUUAGUUCUGUAGAAUUGAAAGAACUUAUGAUGAACAGACAAAGAGCACAUGACUCUGACUCCUCUGUUACUGGACCACUGGACAUUAACGUCAGUGUCAAAGAAGCACUUACAGGCAUCACGCUUAAUGAAACCUCAAGUGUAUAUCUACUCGACAGAGAGUACUACAGUGAAUUUUAUGACCAUACCACAGUAUUAAAACCAACACUUAAUUUCACAACUUAUCUUAAAGUACUGAGAUACGAUGGCAAAAGACUAACCACAGAUGAAAAAGAUAAACCAGUCAAAGUGAAAAUAAUCCAGUCAGUAGCAUUGCCAUACAGUGAUUCAGACCAGACCGCAAAAAAAGAGGAACCAAGAUUCUACUUCAUUACUGAAAAUGGCCCAAUUUAUAUGGAAGUCCCAUUGUUGGCUGAUGUUAUUACUUUAACAAUAACGGCUGAAUAUGUGGAUAGCGUAAAUGAACUUGUCAUACGCAAUACUUUUUUGUCACCAGACAAGACUUAUAUGCAGAUACAAAAUCCAAAUCAAGAUAUAAAGGUUGGAAGCCCAUUUAACUUAACUGUAAACAGCAAUGCACCCUUAAAGGACAUACAUUAUCUGGUUAUGUCAAGAGGACAAAUUGUGUCAGUAGGAAAGGAAGACAUACUGACACAUACUGACACAAUGACAAUAACAUUGAAUCCUGAAAUCUCAUGGACACCAGAGGCAUGUUUAAUUGUAUAUCAUAUUUCAGAUAAUGGCACUCUUAUUAAUGAUGAAUUAAGUCUUUCUAUCCAACCCAUCUUUAAAAACAAGAUCUCAGUGUCGUGGAGCAAAUUGCAAACAAGACCAUCUGAUAAAAUUUCUCUCACUGUCAAUGUUACUGAUCCCGGUUCUCUUGUUGGACUUUCAGUUGUAGACAAAAGUGUUAAGCUGCUUGGUGAUAGACAAGAAAUUACUAUUAAACGCGUGACAGAGGAACUUCAUGGAUACAGCACAACCUAUGAGGGACAGAUCCGUCAUCCCUCUGACGUCUUUGAGAAAUGCAACAUUGGAGUGCUCACAGACGUUAAUCUUCAGUUCAGUGACUACAUGUAUAAUACUGAUAUGGACUUCGAAGUCCUGUUAUUUGAUGACUAUAUAUUGGAGGAAAAAACAUCAUUAAGCACUAGAGAUCCUGAACUUGGUGGCCCUCCUGUUAGAUCACAUUUUCCAGAGACAUGGAUUUGGAAACAUAUUGAUACUGGAUCUAGAACAGAUUUUACUUUAAACGUCGACGUGCCAGAUACCAUCACAUCUUGGAUUACUAAUGCCUUUGUGAUUUCUGAGAAUUUAGGGUUUGGAAUAUUGUCAACCCCUGUGCAGCUGGAAACCUUUCAACCAUUUUUCAUUUUCCUAAAUCUGCCUACUUAUGUUAUCAGGGGAGAACAAUUUGCUUUGGAAGUACUUGUGUUUAACUAUUUAAAAGAAGACAGUGAGGUUUUGGUUACCCUUGAAUCAAGUGAUGCUUUUGAAGUAAUGUUUGCCUUUGUUAAUGAAUCUGGAAGCCAACAAGCGAUCCUGGUCCCAAGUCAAGAAGGAAAACGGGUUUUCUUUCCUAUCAAACCAAUUAAGCUGGGUGAGAUUGCCAUUAAAGUGAAAGCCAUAUCCUCAAUUACUUCAGAUGCAUUAUCUCAAAAACUACUUGUCAAGGCUGAAGGAAUAGAAUAUUCAUAUUCACAAACUAUUCUUUUGGAAUUGAACAGUAAUAAACCACAAAACAUUUCAAAGACAUUGGACUUUACAUUCCCUCUUGAUGUAGUAAGUGGCAGUGAAAAGGCAUUUAUCAGUAUUGUUGGUGAUAUCCUUGGUCCUUCAAUAAAUGGUAUACAGUCACUUAUUCAGUUGCCGUAUGGAUGUGGUGAACAGAAUAUGGUUAAAUUUGCUCCUAACAUUUUUGUUAUGGAGUAUCUAACUAAUACCAAACAGCUAAAUGACAAAGUUAUUCCACAGCUGCUUUCAUUUAUGAAAGAAGGGUACCAGAUAGAACUUACUUUCCAAAGGAAAGACGGAUCAUUUAGCGCAUUUGGAAACCAAGAUCCUUCUGGAAGUACUUGGCUGUCAGCUUUUGUGCUGCAAUGUUUCUUGAAAGCUCGGCCAUUCAUCUUAGUAGACCCUGUAGUACUGCACAAAACACUCACCUGGCUUCUAAAACAUCAGAAGAAAAAUGGUGAAUUUGAGGAACCUGGAAAAGUAUUGCAUACUCCUCUACAAGGAGGACAGAAGAGUCCGGUUACACUAACUGCAUAUAUUAUGGCUGCCCUCAUCGAAUAUCCAGGACUCAUGAACUCUAAUCACAUUACAGAUGCUACAAAUUAUUUAGAGUCCCAGAUGAAUGAAAUCGUUAAUGAUAACUACACCUUGAGCCUUGUGACAUAUGCACUGUCAUUGGCUGGGAGAAGUAAAGCAAAAGAAGGACUAGAUAUCUUAAAUAAAAGAGCAGAACAAGAAGGUGAUUUAAGGUUUUGGAAGUUAUGUUUCCCAAAAGCAUCUGGAUGGUGGCAACCGUGUUCAACAGAUGUAGAAAUGGCAUCCUAUGUAUUACUGUCACAUAUCAAACAGAAUCGGUUGACUGAAGGACUACCGGUGAUGAAAUGGUUAAGUCAACAGAGAAACCAUCUAGGGGGAUUUUCAUCUACUCAGGACACUAUAUUGGCUUUACAAGCAAUGUCAUCCUUUGCUUCUGUUCAUAAAAGAAGGGAGCCCGCAUUAAGCAUUUCUGUGCAUGGCGAAAAUAUGAGUAUGCUAGCAAAUUUUACAAUCAAUUCUGCUAACCAAAUUGUGCUACAGAAAAAAGAGAUUAUUGUUGAACAACCACUGAAACUUAACAUUCAUGCUGAAGGAGUUGGCUUUGCCAUAUUACAGCUUCAUGUCAUUUAUAAUUUGAGAAGUUCGGAUUUUUCUGAAAGACAGUUAUCCAUUCCGAAUCAUGAUGCAUUUGAUUUAGGAAUUACUAUACUUGAUGAUCAAACAAAUGUAAAUGCUAUGAAUUUAAAGAUAUGCACACGAUAUUUAGAGACAGAAUCCUCUGCUCAGAGUGGAAUGGCUGUAAUGCAAGUGGACCUACUUAGUGGCUUUAGUUUGUCUCCUAAAGCUAUUGCAUUAAAAUAUCCGAUUAACAAAGUGGAAACAAGCAAUGGGAACAUCAACAUUUAUUUUGAUUCGCUCAAUAAAACACCUGUUUGUGUGGAUAUUCCUACUAAUAGAGAAUCAAUGGUUGGCUAUACCCAAGACGCAUUUGUAUCUGUCUUCGAUUAUUAUGAACCAGGAAGAAGGGCAGUAAGAAGUUAUAAUUCAGAAGUGAUGCAAACACUUUCACUUUGUCAGCUCUGCAAAGAAGAUUGUAGCAAGUGCACAGAGGGCAAUCAUUCUGUUGGAUUACAGCAACCUUUCACUGUCAAAUGGCUUCUCCUAAUGCUGCUUUUAUUACAAAGUAUAUGUGUAUUUUAAACAUUGUUAUCCCUGUGCAAUUUAGCUUCAAAGCAGUACAUUUCACACCUUUGCAUUCAGAGGGUUAAAUUAAAGGGAUGAUUAUCUGCUAGCUUAUGUUUAGUAUAAACAUGCAUUUCAUAAUUGAGCAACAUAUCUGCAUCUUUGCAAUAUACCAAAUGGCUUAUUUUUCCGCAUUUUCUAAACUUUUACUUUUUUUUUUUUUUAUAUAAAAAUUGACACAUAUUUAUUGAUGUUUUCUGAACAAGCCCUUCUGAAGUAAUUAUUUGGAUACACUGGCCUCAAUUUCAUUGGUUUAAGCAUCAGCAUCAAAACUAUUCCAAUUUAUUAAAAAACAAAUGUUCAUAUGAUUUAUCUACAAAGAUUCCUUUCAAUUGUGACUUCUGUAAAUUAUAAAAAAUAUCUCCUAAAUUCAAAGAUUCUUAUUUCAGUAUUAUCGAAAGGCUAUGUUCUUUGAAUUUGUGCAUGUCACAGUUCAAACUUCAAUUUUUUAAUGAAUCAAAGUUCAGUGUUGGUGUUAGGAUGUAUUCAACAAAGACAAUAAUUUUGUUUCCUCUUCAAGCUAUUUGAAUUAGAAAUAAAAGUAAUUAGAAUGUUU